AUGGAGUUGCCUAAGAGAAUAGUCAAAGAGACUCAGCGGUUGAUGACCGAACCUGUUCCCGGUAUCACUGCAAAGCCCAGGGAAGACAAUCUGCGUCACUUUGAUGUUACCCUUGAAGGGCCGGCCGACUCGCCUUAUGAAGGAGGAAUUUUCAAGCUACAACUCUUCCUGCCGGAAGAUUAUCCAAUGGCCCCUCCCCAGGUUCUGUUCCAGACAAAGAUUUAUCACCCCAACAUUGACGGGAUCGGAAGGAUUUGUCUUGACGUCUUGAAAAAAAACUGGUCUCCAGCUCUACAAAUCCGCACCAUUCUCCUCUCGAUCCAGGCAUUGCUUGGGGCCCCUAAUGCCGAUGACCCCCUCGCAGAAGAAGUUGCGAAACACUGGAGAGAAAACCCAGCUGCAGCUAUUGCGCAAGCAAAAGCGGAGACACAACUAUAUGCAUCGCCGGAGGCGGCGGGCAGGAAUCCAUAA